UGCAAAUAAUUUCUGUUACUUUAAGUUCUAAAAUUUCUUAAUUAUACACAAUAAAAUAAAUCCAAAAAGACUGGAACUAUUUUUAUCUUAUUUACAUUUUGAUAUAUGAAUAUUGAAAUCAUUACAAAAAUAUGCUUUUGUAGGUAUGUAAACGAUAUAUUUUAAAAAGUCGAAAUUAAUAAGAGAGACAUCUGUAUAGAUUGAAUAUGUUCCCGCCAAAAUAGAACGCGAUACUUCCGUUUAAACAUGGCUAUUCGUUUACAUAUGAAUCAUGAUUUGUCCGAAGAAAAACAAAGUGUAUUACAUUUAAUGCCAUGCAAAAUUUAUGGUGAUGAGUCCGCAAACGUUUCUACUUAUUUUACACCUUACAUUCGUGAAGUAGACGAUAAAGUUUAUAAUUCUUCAUUUCGUGGAUAUCCACUUCAAGGAAAAAAGAUAACGCUACCUUCUGGAUACAAAGGUAUUACAUUUGUUGAACACAAAAAACCAGAAGUAGAACAUGUUGAACGUAAUUUAUACUUCACGGGAGCUUUCUCUCAUUUUACAUACUGGAAUUAUGAUAAAUUGCCAUCAAAAAAUGAUAGUUUAGCAGCUGUUAUGGAUUGGAUAGAUAUUGCUGAAGCACUACAUUCUACAGAAUCAUAAUUAAAAGUAAAUCUUAACAUAAUUCAAAAUGCAUGUUAUACAUUCAAUGGAUUAUACAGAUUGUACUAUUUUAAUACAAAGAUAAAAAUAAAUAUAUUUUGUAUAUUUUA